AUGGCGCUAUCACCACCACCGUCAAGGAAUAACGAGAUGUUUCAGCAUGAUCUUCAUCAUUUAGUGGCACAUAACGCGACCACAUCUUAUCCACAACCGAAAUACGAACAAGAUGAAGGCAUCCAUAUGCAGUCACAUUACGAUUCACCCCUUUCGCAUGAUGAUCAAUACUUGCGCACGCGGCCGCAGCAGACUAGUUACCCAUACCAGCAUCAACAUCAAGACUCUGGAUUGGGGAUCCAAUACGAGUAUCAUGAUUUUCAGCCGCCCAUAUAUCAAGAACAAUACAGCACCCCAGCCAGUUCACCAACUCCUUCGUCCCAAGAUAUGAUAAGAACGAGAAGUGGCCUUACGAUUCAAAGAGGUGGACAACAGACAUUGAGGCCCAUGCCUGAGGGACGUCAUCGAUCAGAGAAAUCACCGAAAAUGAAGAAGGCCAAGAAGGAGAAGGUUAAGGCUGAGAAGAAGGUGGCCAAGCUCGAUAAGCCGUUGAGUGAGCUUACCAAAGAUUGGAAACAUGUUGCGGUCGCCGAUAUCGAGACAUACGUGCAUAGGUCGGCUGAGGAGCGACGAAGGGAGGUAGACGAGGGCAAGGUUCCGGGAAAGGUGAAGAGGCCAAUGAAUUCCUUCAUGCUCUAUCGCAAAGCAUAUCAAAAUCGAACGAAGGAUUGGUGUUUGCAAAACAAUCAUCAAGUGGUUUCUCAAGUCUGCGGUGAUAGUUGGCCGUUGGAACCUGAUGCUGUGAAGGAGCAGUUCAGUGAAUGGGCUAGGAUUGAGCGAAUUAAUCAUCAGAAUGCGCAUCCAGGCUACAAGUUUUCUCCAACGAAGCCCGGCACCGGCAAAGCCUCCAAAAGGAAGAUGUCCGAAGACAUUGCUUCCGAUGAUUCUGACUUGACUGAUUUUGAUUGGCAAGGAGGAGGCCAAUCGAAGAAGAGACGGAACCUUCGAAACUCACCGCGACCCAUGCAGCAGCAGCCUGUCGUUUACCCGACAACAAGAUCCGCAUACCAUUACUCUUCGCGCGAGCAUUCUAUGGAGCCAAGCUACGCCAACUAUAACAAAUCGUCGUACCAAGUAGCCAAUCCAGGAAAGCAACCCCCAGCCCAAUACAAUCAAGCAGGUAUGCAACCUGGAGAGUACUAUCAGCAGACCAUUCAACAUAACCCAUUAGUCGCCGGCGUUGAAGAUGUCAUCAUCAAAAAGACCCCAGCUCCAGGAGUUCAUUCAUACCAAGUCAGUAUUCCGGGAGGACAAGAGUUCGAUAUGAUGCACCCACAGCCACACUAUAACCCGUCACCUGCACCGGAUUUCAGAAUAGAUCCUUCUUUGAUGACUCAAGAGCAUGGUCAAUACGAUAAUGCCAACUAUCACGAAUCUGAUGGUGUGUAUUUUGGUAGUAGUCAUGAUGCUGAGCAAGCAUGGCAGGCUGGGUACGCAAUGAAUGAUAGAGAUAUGGACCCUGCACUUCAGUAUCUCGGACCUGAACAACAUGUAGACAAAGGGCAGAUUCAUGAUCAACACAUGGAUGUUUUGCGAGGACACCAAGAAGGGUGGCAGAUUGAGACACUGGAUAGCGGCCGAGAAUUUGACAACUGGAUGGGAGCUGGAGAAGAAUAA